GAGGAGGAACCAGCGGGCUUCCGGAGGGUCGCAUGUUUGGUGACUCAGGGUGAGAAGGGCCUCGAAGUUGUCGUCCCUUUCAUGCGACGCUGCACCCAUUGUCUUGUCAUGGCCAUAACUAGGGAGGAAGGCAGGCUGAGGAGUGGAGGGGCUCAGGUGAAGCUGGGGCGAUGCUGGGGUGCUGCUGGUGGAGGUAUCCGAGUCCCAGAUGAACCUGUAACCCCGACAGAAGAUUCCAGACUCCCCAGACGGGACCAGGGGAGGGAUGGCAUGAGCGGUAUGGAAGGGUCCUGGAGACCGGGAACGCUGCGGGCUAGUGACUGCAGCCCCGAGAGCCAGUCCCAGGAGCGCAGUAAUGGAGAGCCCCAAGAAGAGGAACCAGCAGCUGAAAGUCGGGAUCCUACACCUGUUCAGGAGACAGAAGAAGAUCAGGAUAGAGCUGAGAUCCAAGUGCGUGACAUGGAAGGUGAUCUGCAAGAGCUGCAUCAGUCAAAGACCGGGGUUAAAUCUGGAUUUGGGUGCUGGCGUCAAGGUGAAGAUUAUACCCAAGGAAGAACACCGUAAAAUGCCAGAAACAGGUGAAGGGCAACCACAAGUUUAAAUGAAGAAAAGCUGAAACAACGCAAACCGGUCUUAUAUUAGAUAUUUGACUUAAACUAUCUCAAUAAAGUUUUGCAGCUUUCACCAAA